AUCCUCAUUCAACCGGCAAGGAAACGGCGAAAAUGGUAAUAAAUAUUCGAUUUGUAGUGGGUAUGAUUUGAAAAGAUUCACCGGCGAACACUACCAAUCUCUCCCCCCUCGACGACGAUCUCUUGCUCCGUGCUUUUUUUCUUUGGGCCUGCGUCAUUGUUGUUUGUUACAGCGAUUGAGGCACGCAGUGGAGCUUCUUGUGUUUCUUGAUCGCGCUUUUCUUUCUUCGCCAUGCAAGAUUUAGGUUUUUGUUGGUUGACUGCGCGUUUUGCCUUUCUCCGGUGACUUUUCUCCUUUUUUUUUUUUAACGGAUAAAGAUUCAAAUAUCUUCGCGUGAUUAACUGUCUUUAUAUGUGAAAUAUUCUCUUGUUAUUCAGGCUGGAGCCUUUUAAAAUCUUUUGGAGAAACCUAAAAAGUGUAUGCAAAAUAUGUGUUUUCUGUUUUCUUUUAGAAUUUUCGGAUGUUCUGUUCAUUAAAUGUUAGGAAGGAUAAGUCGGUGUGCCUUUACUCUUGUUGACUCUUUUAAAACUGGAGCUGUAGGUCUCACAACUCGCAAAUAACACUUAGCAAUCUAAGGAAAUGGACAAGUUACUUUGGAUUAGUAUUUUUUACCCAAGGUCACAAUGUUAUAUCCAGUGUAAUUUCUGAUAGUUUGCAUAUUAUGCACACUUGUUUUUUAGUGAAAAUGUUGUUUGCCAUUUCUUGGCACUUUGUAAAUUAAAUUGUAGAAUUACCCAAACUUUCUUUGUUGAUCUUGUAAUUUGCUUCGUAGAUAACUAUGUUAGUUGUUGCAGGCACUCAUAUCAUUUUGUUGACUGAUGGACUCGUAUGGUUCUUCAUCAACUAGCAACAAUAGAGUUCGUGUGCUUGAGAGUUGUCUUAGACACAUCCUUGUCGAGAUAAAACCAUCGGAAAGUGAUCGAGUCGAAUGGCUCAAUGAGAUUAAUCAAUUGAAAGAUUGUCUUCGAGGUUUGGUACCCUUUCGAGGUGAUGUGCCACUAGUGAAGCCCUUUGGUUCAUUUGUGUCCAACCUUUACACCAAAUGGGGUGAUAUAGAUGUUUCAGUUCAAAUCGACGACGACGAUGUGAAAAGAAUUUGUCUCUGGCAAAUAAAGCUUGAAUUGCAAAGAACUAGUCUUGCUAGGUCUGUUGAGUACAUUCCAAAUGCAAGAGUUCCUCUGCUUAAAUACGUUAGCAGGCAGCAUAAUAUUUCUUUUGAUGUCUGCAUUAAUAAUCAUCUUGGUGUGAUGAAGUCCAACUUUCUCAAAUGGUUAUCUGAAAUAGAUGACCGUUUCCAUGACAUGGUUUUAGUGCUGAAGGAGUGGGCUAAAGCACAAGAUAUUAAUGAUCCGAAGUCUGGGAGUUUAAGUUCAUAUGCCCUAUGUUUGUUGGUUAUCUUCCAUUUUCAGACUUGCGAACCACCAAUUUUCCCACCACUGCGAGCAAUAAUUAACGAAGAAAGAAUUUCUAAUUGAGGAUGGAGUAGAUUCUCUGAGAGUCAUUUUGAGGAUGUGUGUUCUGCAAAUAUACAGAGGUUCACAUCUAGCAGACUUAGAAACCAAAGCUCUCUUGCUCAACUUUUGCUUUCCUUUUUUGACAAGUUUUCAGAUAUUAGAACUUUUGGUUCGGAUUAUAGCAUCUCUACAUAUGAAGGGCGACAAAUCAGCCGUCGUUUUUAUAGGUCGCCGCCCCUGAUU